UAUGUAGGAAUAAAAUUUUAUAUUUCUUAUAUAGUGACUACAAAAAAUAUUUACAUAAUAUUAUAUAGAAAUAGCAUUUAAGUAAUCAAGUGCACAUUAAAUUUAUUGUAUUAUUUUCAUAUGAUUAUAAGAAUUUAAUAAUAUAUAUAUUUUUUAAUUAUAUAUAAUAAUAUAUAUUUUGUAUUGUACUAUUUUCACAUGACUAUAAGACUUUUAAUUAUAAAAAUAAAAUAUAUAUCUUUUAAAAGAACGCUUUAUUAGAAAAUAAGAAUGCAAAUACUUUUUGUAGUCACUCUAUACUUUCUAUAUUAUAAAAUUUUUAUAAAAUCUGACAUGAAUGUGAAAUAAAGAAUCUUAAAGGAAAAAAAUAUUUAUACUUACUCGAUAAAAUAAUAUCUAAAUUUAUUUGUAAACACUUUUCAAUAAUUAAAAUAUAAAUUAUACAUAUGUAUACAUAUGUAUAUGUAAAUAAAUUAUUUUAUCAAAAUCUUUAAGCCAUUUAAUACAGUUAAUUGAUAUCACAUUCGUUCCUUGCUUCACGAUACAUUGUGGAAUCUUUUCCAUACUAAGUACUUAUCUAUAGUCUUUUUUAACGUAAUAAGCAUACCAUAAACAGUUAUUGUUUUACCCUAUUCAAGGAACACAUGGUAUUCUCACGGAGCAGUAAAAUAAUUACAUGCAUCGAUCAAUGUCGAUUAUAUUCUAGCUUGAUUACACGAUUUUGCGUUACAUUAUAAUUUAAUCUCGAGUUCAAUGGUGAAGGGAGGUAUAUACCUCACUUUAAACUCAUGUUAACAUCGAGUUAACAUUAUUAGUUGAUAAAACUUUACAUUUUUCGAAAUUGUGUUUUUUAUAUUUUUAAAAAAACAAAUCAAAUUCUGUAUCAUCCAAGUGCUUGUACGUGAUUAUACAGAAUUUUAUCGAAAUCACGUUUCUCGAUAUCUCAUUCUUUAUGAAAUUUUGAACUCUAUUAAAAAUAAACUUGUGAUAUUAAUGUACUAUUGCUUUAAUAUAUUGAGCAUACAUCAUCAAGAUGAAAAAUCGCUUAACACCAGAAAAAGCGAUUUUGUUCACGAAACUCAGUGUUGCUCUCACGUGUUCCUGGCCUCCUUCUCCUCUUGCAACCAAAGCUCAACAUCUUUUCUUUAAUGCAUUGUGGUGCAUUGCAUUUUUAACUUCUGUCAUGUUAUUUUUACCAUUAUUGGCCGCGAUUUACGUAUAUCGUAAGCAUCCUGUCAUUCUUGGGAAAACGGUCAGCCUUACCGCGGCUGUUGCUCAAGUGACGAUUAAGAUGAUAAUAUGUCGUUUGCAGCAGAAACGUUUUCAAGUAAGUUCAUUAAUGCUGUACUCUGAAAUGGAGAACUUUUGCAAACAGGCCACGAACGAGGAAAAAAUCAUAUUGCAACGUUACGUUGAUAGAUACAAAUAUUUUCAUAGUUUUUACAUAUUGUGGAGUUUCCUUACUACGAUAUUCGUCAUAUGUGGUCCAUUGUACACGGUUCAAACAUUCCCCACUCACGCGAUAUAUCCAUUUUCAGUGAGACGUCAUCUGUACAAAGGUUUAAUCUUCUUCCAUCAAUCAUUGGUUGGGUUUCAAGUGUCUUCAGGCAUGGCAAUUGACACCCAGAUCGCUCUUCUUUUACGAUAUGCCACGGCUAGAUUCGAGAUUUUAGGAAUUCAAUUCAAUAAUGCGAAAUCAGACGGUGAGUUCGAUGCCUGCAUAAAGAAGCAUGAUGAACUCUUGAGGAAUCAGCCACUAAUCUUGAAAGCUUUAUAUGCUAUCGUGGUGUUCAGUGCCAGCGUGGAACUCUUUAUGUACGCUUGGCCAGCGGAUAGUUUGAUGCACAUGGUAAUCAAAUUAUCACGAUAUAAUUCAUUUAAAUUGACGAUUUUCAAUUUCAUUUUUUAUCUUAAGACAAUGAAAAUGGCUACAAAAGUGUACAAUAUGGAUUGGUAUGGAAAAGACAUCAGGACUCAGAGAAAGAUACUUUUUAUAAUUUUAAGAUCUCAGAAAUACGAAAGUUUUGGGAUUAAUGGUAUUGUACCUGCACUUUCACUAUCUUAUUAUGGGAAGGUAUUAUGUUAUUCUAUUUUUUUAUUCGUGAUAAUUGUUAUUAUUUGAUUACUUGACUUUUUCGUAUUUAUCUCUUUAUUGUUUUGCAGUAUCUAUACACGUCUUUGUCAUAUUUCAAUGCAUUACGUAUUAUGGUUGAAGAUACUGUCAACUAGUCAAUUAUCUUGUCAAUUAUCUUGAAAUUCCAUGAUGGGGAAACGUUACAUUUGAAAGAUGUAUGUAUAUACGUGUAUACGAUUUUCCAUUUCAUAUUUCACAUAUUUCCUCUUAUCGUGUCUUUUUUACACCUGUCUAUCGUACAUGUAUAAUGCAAUCAAUAAUUAUUAUCGACGUUUAAAUUACCUAGAAACACUAGAAACAUAGUGGAGAAAAUCACCACUCAAUAUUUUGCUUUCAAUAUUACAUUGAAUAUUUCUUAAGAAACUUUUAUCAGCAUGUAUGAAUGUUAAUAAUUUACUAAUCUUUCAUGGCAUUUGAUUAAUAUCAGUUAUGCAACACAAAUGUAUAAUGCAAUUAGUAUCAUUCAAGAUCCCAAAGAAAAGAACAUCUGUAAAAAAAAUUAUAAAUUAUUUUCAGAGGAAAAUGGAUGCAAGAAUCGCGUAGCUCUUAGCUUGGUAUCGCUUUCCAAAGAUUAAUUUUUGAAAAAUUUUCAAUGAAAGUAUUGAAAAAUUUCCAAAGAUUAAUUUAUCGAAAAUCGAUACC